AUGGCUCGCCUGACUUACGUCCCCCUACUUGGCCUUGCCAGCUCCGUCCUUGCUGCUCCUCAGCCGGCAUUGACUGGAACUGAAGGCACGAUUGCUUCAACCGUUCGAAUUGCCGGCCCUACAGCUGCUCCUAACAUUCACGGUCUCGAGAUUGCUGCCGCUCCUCAGUUCUUGACCAUCACCGUCAUUAAUAGCCAUGGUGAUGCCAUCUCGACCUCGCACGCUCACGAUCCGAACGGACCUUCUGCUGUGUCGGGCAAUGUAGGUCCCGGCACCAUGGCCAAUGGUGCUACUGCUGCCUUUGCCGUUCCAACUGGAUGGAUUGGUAAUGUCGCCAUCAAUGACGCCGGCUGGGCCAUUACUGGCGAUGAUUCCCUGAUUGAGGGUAACUUUGUUGUUCCUCAGGGAUCUACUGAAGCAGUGGCCGAUGUCGAUAUCUCUUACGUUAACGGAUUCUCUGUUGCCAUUGUUUGCUCUUGCAACGGACAGGUUGUGACUGGUUGCAACAAGAACUUGUUCAACCUCAAUUCUUGCGGCAACAACGACGGACAAAACGCCUGUGUUAACCCGCUCCGAAGCGAUGAAGGAGCCACAUCUGCUGCGCCCUUCUUCGCCCCCUGCCAGCAUGCCGCCUGGACUGCCAGUUUGGCCAAAUCACUUGCUGCGUUGGAUCUGCUUGCCCUCCUAACCCUAGGCAACCAUAGAACUUUGGCAAUUGAGGCUUAG